CCAUUUCAGAGGAAGCUCUAGUGGAUCUGUCUGAUGUCCUCAGCACUGACCCUCACAUCCUGGCUACAGGACACACAGGUCAGUUCCAGGUGGAGCGCUCCCCCUCUCCAUUUGCUGGACUGGACAUCAGCUCCAUGGCCGACGACUCGUCUUUGACCUCUGAGCCAACAGGAAGCGGUGGACAAGGCCAGAGGGCAGUGCAGGAUGAACCUCUGGAUGCUAUCUUGAGUCCUGAGCUGGACAAAAUGGUGACUGAUGGCGCCAUCCUCAACAAACUCUACAAAAUCCCAGAGCUGGAGGGGAAGGACGUGGAGGAGGUGUUCACUGCUGUUCUCAGUCCAAACAGCAGCAACAACCAACACACACACAGUGCUGCUGGGAGCAAGACACCCACCCACCACCCAGCUGCUCCGUUCCCUCGUCUGCCGCUGAUGAAUGGCCUGAUGGGAGCUGCUCCUCACUUUCUAAACACUCCCAUGAUGACCAGCGGUGCUCAGGCUCCAGCAGGCUUUAGGAUGCCCCCCACUGGAGGACCUGUCCUCAAUGCAUCCACAGGCCCAGCCCCUGUGCUGACAUCAACCAAUCAGCAGUCAGCUGGAGAGGGCGCGCAGGAUGUGAUGUCGACAGCUCAGAGGGGCAUGUUGAAGUGGGAGAAAGAAGAAACGCUGGGAGAGCUUGCUACUGUCGCCCCUGUCCUCUACUGUAAUACUAACUUCCCCCAGCUGAGGGAGCAGCAUCCUG